UUUGAAACUUGUUUGGAAUGAGUUGUACUGUUUAAGCAGAGAGUUUUAAUGAAGCCCCAGAAGAUGAAGUCCUGCCAGUCCAUAACAUAAGCAGAUAAAGCCCGAGGACGAGGGUUUUAUUUUUAUAUUAAUGCACCAUAUUAUUUUAUAGUAAUCACUCGAAGGAAUUCGAAAAUCGCCGGACGCGGCGGUAUCGUCCCACUUGGCAAGGCGGUGAAUGGUAAGUUUUUGUCUUCUGAUUCAAAUUCUUUCGGCAGUCCGGCUUAAACUCCAACGUGGCAGUUUCGGUUCUAGUAGUAAAAUUCUAGGAAAAAUAGAUGCUCAUUGGUAUAUACGCAAUUGCAAAUCUCGAGAAGUCUUGGGGUGUUCAAAUUCUUUCCACUCACACACGCCUCCUCUGAAUCCGACACUAAUAUCCUCAAAUCAAAGCAGUAGUAGUGGAUGUGUAUCAUCAUCCUGAGCGCAAGGAAGUAGCAGCCCAGCCCUCAGCCUCACGCAGUUUUUGCGUGGGAGGGAGUGUGUGUGUGUGAGGAAGUGAGUCGUACGCCUGCCAUCGAUCGAGCGUGAGUGUGUGUGUGUGUGUGUGUUUUCUUCAGCCUUUUUUUCGCGUGGUUGCAGCAUUCUUCUACCACCUGCGUCUCCAAGCUCCGUCGUCGACAAACAAGUAAGCCCAUUUAAUUGAUCCACCACAAGUUCGCCGGCAUAAUUCAGGUUGAAGAAGAAGGAGGUAUGGUGGAAGCCAAGCAGCAGAAGGAAUCGUCAAACUGGUGGUGGUUUGACCGUCUCAGCAUAAGCAACAACAACCAAAAGCGUUCCGCAUGGCUCCAAUCAACCCUUUCAGAGCUGGAUGAGAAGACGAAGGCAAUGCUGAAGCUAAUAGAGGAGGACGCAGAUUCCUUUGCUCAACGUGCAGAGAUGUAUUACAAAAAGCGACCGGAGCUUAUUAGCAUGGUUGAAGAUUUUUAUCGAACCCAUCGUUCAUUGGCUGAGCGAUAUGAUCAAUUCAAGUCCGAAUCUGGAACUCGGCUUGUCGCCCCAUGGGCAUCCCCAUUAUCAGUCACCAAAUGUAGACCGGAGAAGUUGCUGACCUUGAGUUCCAUGGAUAAAUCCUAUGAUAGCUAUUCUGAAACUUAUGGAACUGAGGAGUUGGAGGAGGAGUCUGACGUUGAGGAUCCUGAACCAGAGGAAGUAGUGCCGUACGACAAAGAAGCGGACAAAGAGGAAGUUUCAAGUGGUGAUGAUGGAAAUAGUCGCAUAAUGAAGCUGAUGGAAGAAAUAGAGAGACUUAAAGAAGAGAACAAUACUCAAAAGGAGCAGCUAAUGCAGAAGGAUGAAGAGAAGAGAGAUGUCAUCAGACAGCUCAGUUUAGCAAUGGACUUGCUCAGGGAGGAGAACGUGGAGCUCAGGAAGAGAGUUGUCAAAGAAUCUGUUAAGAGACAGGAUCACUUCGAAGUGAACAAAUUGGAGGUGUUCUGGAGGAGGCUGUUCAAUUGAGCUUCAGAAUUAGAUGCUCUUGUGUCUCGUGUCUCACUAGAAAUUUGUAUGUUUUGUAUGCCAGCAAGAAGUAAAUCUGUACAACAGUCAAACGAACUCUUUCCAUAAAUGUGGGGCUUCCUCAUUAACUAGCUCGACUUGAAUUAGUCUUCCAAUCUUUACAUCAACGUUAAUCUUCUGGUUGUACUAGUCAGUGUUAUUAUGUAACCUUCUCCAUUUUUUUUUGGUGU